ACUCUAACCCUGAAUUUGUGAUCAGCAUAAUUUUUUAUGUUUAUGUAAAAUUAAUAUGAUUCACUGUUAAAAUUAUAUUAAAAUAGAAAAAGUCUAUUUAAGUGGCCGAAUAAUGGCUGUUGUUCUAAAAAAACGGGCCCUUGCUGAGUACAGCCAAACGAUUACACAGGACACAUCCCAAGCACCUAUUAAGAAAUUAAAAUUGAUUAAAAAAUCACUACCUGAGACAUCCAGCUCGUUAACCACAGUGGUUAGUCACUUACAGGAUUGUAAAAGUAGUAGUCAAGCAUUGAAAUUGCUAUUAGGUAUAACGGAAAAAAUUGAAAUAAACCCAGCUGAUGUUCUGGAAGUAAUCAAAAAACUAAGUGAUCACUUUAAGAAUGAAUCAGAGUCUGUUGUAAGGAUGAAGAUUUUAAUGUUGUUGUCAGACAUUGGCCAAGAAAUUCCUUCUGAAUGUUCAAAUAUUAUUGAUGAGAUAAUAAUAUUAUUAAAAAACGAUCAUUCACAUAAAGUUAUAGCUCAAGGAAUGAAAACUAUAAUUAAGUUAGGGAGAUUAGUUACAGAUAAUACAGAAACAUUUCAUCAGAAACUAGUAGAGAUUGCAAAGAAUUAUUUAAAGGAUGCCAAUCAUGCUGUAAAGUCUCGAUGCAUGGAAAUUAUUGGAACAUAUGUACCAUUAUCUACCGGUCAAGAUGCAGAAAAAUUAUUUCACUUAAUAAGUUCCUAUUUUAAUAAUGAUGAUGCUCGUGUGAGAAGUCAGGCAUUUCAAACAAUAAUACUUUUAUAUGAUAGAGGUUUCAAAAUCAAUCCAAACAUAUAUGUUUACGUAUCAGAUGCACUAAAAGAUGACUAUGAAAUUGUAAGGAGUGUUGCUCUGAAACUGAUAUGGAUACUGGGAAACACAUAUGCAGAAAAUGAAAUUGUUGUGGCAGGCAGUAAUCAUGAAAUCAGAUUGAUAGAUGAUGCUUUUGGAAAAAUAUGCAAUGGAGUUACUGAUCUAUCAAUGCAUGUGAGAACAUUGGCUGCUAAAUUAUUAGGAUCAAUGAAACUGGUCAGUCCUAAGUUUUUAUGCCAGACACUGGAUAAAAAGUUGAUGUCAAACAUGAGAAGGAAGAGAACAGCUCAUGAGCUUGCCUGGGAAAAUGUCACUAGUGGAGAAUGGGCUAGUGGCAAAAAAUGGGCAGAUGACGCUCCCAAGGAAGUAUUAGAUGCCGAAAGCAUUAAUUUAAUGAGUAGUGGAGCAUGUGGGGCAUUUGUUCAUGGCUUAGAAGAUGAAUUCUUAGAAGUAAGAUCGGCUGCUGUUGAGUCUCUUUGUCGCCUAUCAAUAAGCAACCCUCAGUUUGCAAACAUGGCAUUGGAUUUUAUGGUAGAUAUGUUUAAUGAUGAAAUAGAAGACGUUAGGCUUAAAGCCAUAGACAGUUUGAGACUGAUUUCUGAGCAUAUUAUAUUGAGAGAUGAUCAGUUAGAAACUAUUUUAGGUGCUUUAGAAGAUUUUUCUCAAGAGGUUAGGGAAGGGCUACACAGGAUGUUAGCUUCAUGUAAAAUGUCAACAACGGCAGGCUUAAAAAUGUGUGUAGAGAAGUUACUGGAUAAUUUAAAAAAAUAUCCUCAAGAUAAAAGAUCUACUUACAGAUGUCUUCAAAGUGUUGGUGCUAAACAUGCAGAACUUGUUCUACCCUUGGUUCCACACUUUCUUAACAUACACCCAUUCUUUGACACUGCAGAACCAGAUGUAGAGAAUCCACAUUAUAUUUGCCUGCUAAUUUUAAUAUUGAAUUCUGCGAAAUAUUCUUCAACUAUAAUUCCACUUUUGGAGCCUCAUACUUUGAGACAUUACUCUUAUUUAAGGGAUACUAUGCCGCAGUUUGUACCUAUAUUAAGUUUACCCGAUUCGACUGGAAUUGUUAUAUCUCGUCCGCUUUCUGUACCAGAAAGUUUGGCGUUUUUGAAUAAUGUUAUUUGCAAUUUGGAUAUGGCAGAAAAUAUGUCGAGAGUUCAUAUAUCAUUGUUACAAACGGCAAAAGAACAUCUUAAUCGUUUGAGUGAAAUGGACUCUACAGUUUCCGGAACUGCACAAUUUACCGCACUUUAUAUUGGCGCGCAAAUACAAAUUUUGCAAAUUUUAGAUAAGGGAUUUUGGGUUAACCCAGCGACACUAGCAACUCAGCAACUUAACACAUUGAAAACGAACAUUCAAAAUCUUCUGGAACACUGUUUAAAAUUACAGUUCUUUUUUGUCGGCUUGAAUUCAGCCGAACAGUGUGCAGUGAAACAAUUCAGGUUAAGAGCUUUAGCUUUAAACUUGGUUUAUAUUGUUAAAGGUAGUAAUUCUUCUGCGUUAGCUCCUUGUCAUCAUUUUUUGACAGCUGUGGAGGGUAUGCAAAAAGAUUUGGCACAAAGUAACUUGCAGCCGGAUAGUUUCACGUCGUUGGUGUUUCGGGAAUUGUCUCAAUUAGAAGAGCACAAACCUGGCGCAGUGGCCAGGAUAUUAAUCCCUAUAUUGUUGGAAUCAAAAUUAGGGCAUAUUCCCAAACCAAAUAUAAAUAUCAGAAUGAGUUCUGCCACAAUAGUCGAGCCAAGUGGCCAAACUGAUACAUCUCUUAAAUUUACGGCUGGUUUAAUCAUGUCGGUACCGUUCGAAGCAGAGUUGCGGCACCUAAUCGAUCCUAGUAGAAUUCGGUUGAAAGUUAAAUAUCCUGACCAGAAGAUGCAAGUUCUUUUACCAAAAGUUCAGCAUUUGAAGCCUCUGUAUUAUGACACAACUAAUGAAGAAUCGCAAAUUGGACACAACUUGAGACUUUUGAGUUCCAUUUUGAUUUCGCAUCAGGUGUGGUCAGAAGCAUGCAAUGUAGAAAUCAACGUGGCUCUGUUUGUUCCUGAAGGAGAUAUAGGCAAACGAAAAACGAAUUUGGAUUUGAAUCCUUCACUUUUAGAUCUUUGCCCGCCUGUAAAAGUCAGUGUGGCUCCUAAACCCAUCAAAAAACCCUGUAAAUUAUUUUUAGGUUAUAGAAAUAUAUUUUAAGUAUUUAAAUA